AUGCCUUUCUCAGCGCAUCCCGCGGCCGAAUACGAUGCCGAGAUCCUUCGCAUCAACAGCGGCACCAGGAAAAAACAAUCGACAGACAAUACAAAGUAUGAAGGGCUCAGAAGCCGAUACCGGAGUCAACUUGCCAGAAAACCACAAGAGCUGGCUGCCAUUCUUCUGAUGACCGAUACUCAGGCCGCCAACACAGUCGCACGCAUCAAGUCAAUUUCUAGUCGCCGCAAGACCGUCGCCCUUGGGAUACGGCGCCGGGCCACCGAGGCCGUCAACGAAUACCGUGCUCAUCGCCUUGCCUCUCUUCGCACGGACCUGGAGAUCAGACUGACCAGGAAAGCAGAAGACUAUCGACUACAGGAACAACAGCGGGAAUCCUUCCAAGCUAAGAAACUGCAGCAGCAAAAGGAAAAGGAAGCACUCCGUCAACAACACCGCUUGGUCGUCGCUCGCCUAAAAGAGACCCUAUCCCGCCCCAAGGAGAAACCACAACGCAAAACAGCCUUCGACACAAAUGCUAGCUUUCCUUUGCAAGAACGCCAUCAAGUCCAACCACCGCCUGUAUCAGGACCCCCGACCACACAGAUCGGCCCCCUUUGCCUGUCUCCAGCAGAGGCGGCGUCCAUGCGCGUGGUUCAGGAAACACACGUCGACAACUCCACCCCUCGCGUUCUGUACUCUGACGGAUCUCUUCUGAACUCAGGAACACCGGAAGUAUCACUGGCCUUUGGAGUGGUGGAUCUCACUCAGGACAACCCUCUGACGGUACAAGGACGAACAGAUGGUCACGCGUCCUCGGCCAAGGCCGAGCUCAUGGGUUUAUUAGCCGCAGUCUUGUCAGCACCUCCGGAACAGGACAUUGUGGUCAAACUGGACAAUCAGUCAGUGGUGGAACAGUACAGUCAUCUGGUGAAGAAUCGUCGGGACACCUUACCGAGGAAGCGAUUCAGGAGUACAUAUGCGGGUAUCUGGGCGGUGCUUUGGCAGGUUGUGGAAUCUCGGCCAGGCAGGGUCGACGUGAUGUGGAUCAAAGGACACAGCAACGUCCAUGGAAACGAGCUUGCGGAUCAGGCGGCGAAGGUGGCAGCACAGAGUGCUUCGGUGCCCUUGAUGGUGGAUCUCACUCAACAGACGGAUAUCACGGCCUUUGCACAUUGUUACGGCGGGCUUGUUGAAAUCGAUUUACGUCAGCUCCUCAAACAACAAUCAACAAUCCAUCACCAUCAAGCCUGGGCAUCACAGAGACGGGUCAAGAGGGCGAUCCCUGACAUCGAGGACGCGGAAUGGAACUCGACCUUGGCGUAUGUCCAUGGCAGGCGUGCAGUCUUCACUUUUUACAGCAACAGCAAGGAUUCCCACCAACGAACACAUCACAUCAAAAAGCUGCAUGGAAUGCUGCCCACUCUGAACUCCAUGCAGGCUCGCAAGCCCAACCUGUACCCAACAUGCGUGUGCCGACGAUGCGAGGUCGAGAAGGAGGAUACCGAUCAUGUCUGGAAGUGCCCCUUGGCAGCCGAGACCACCACUGGGAUCUGA